AUGAAGUACCAGUACAACAGUACCGGACAUUUCUCUGCCUCCAGAAUGCCAUCAGAGGGCAGCAGGAAGAUGGGGGAGCCUCGGCUUGUGACGGUGCGAAGACCCGGGGUGGAAGUGGGAGUCAUGCUCUGUGGGGGCAACCUGCAGGGUGUCUACAUAGAGAGUCUGGAUGAGGACAGUCCUGCCAGAGGCCCUGAUGGGCUGCUUCCUGGGGACCUCAUCCUGGAGUACAACUCGGUGAAUAUGAAGAAUAAGACUGCAGAAGAAGUGUACGUUGAAAUGCUGAAGCCUGCGGAGACGGUCACCUUAAAGGUGCAGCAUCGCCUCGAUGACUUCAGCUUGAUCAAAGAUGUUCCCGGAGAUGGCUUUUACAUUAGAGCACUUUACGACAGGACGGGGGAGGCUGAAGGCGACCUCAGUUUUAAAAAGGAUGACAUCCUUUAUGUGGAUGACUCUUUACCAAAGGGCAGCUUUGGGACCUGGAUGGCGUGGCAGCUAGAUGAGAACGCACAGCAGAUCCAGAGAGGACAGAUCCCCAGCAAGUACAUGAUGGACCAAGAGUUUUAUCGCAGACACAGUGUGACAGAAAUGAAGGAAGAUUCCAGUAAGACUCUCUCUGCAGCAGCCCGCAGAUCCUUUUUCAGGAGGAAACCCAAACACAAACGCAGCAGCUCCAAAGACAGUAAAGAGAUGGUGGCUCUGGACACCAUCAGCACCGAUUCCAUCCCUUUCUUUGAUGAUUGUGUGAGCCUGGCGUAUCAGCGGGUCCAGAAGGUGGACUGCACCUCUCCUCGACCGGUGCUCGUACUCGGGCCUCUUUCUGACCCGGUGAAGGAGAUGCUGGUUAAAGAGUCUCCUGGGAAGUUCUGCAGAUGUGUGCUGGAGGUGAUGAAGGCUUCCCAGCAAGCCAUCGAGCGCGGUGUCAAAGAUUGCCUCUUUAUCGACUACAAGCGCAGGAGUGGACAUUUUGACGUGACCACCGUAGCGUCGAUAAAAGAAAUAACAGAUAAGGGCUGUCACUGUUUGCUUGACAUUGCUCCGCACGCUAUUGAAAGGCUGCACAGCGUUCACAUUUAUCCCAUUGUCGUCUUCAUCCGCUACAAAAAUGCCAAGCAGAUAAAGGAGCAGAAGGAUCCCAUUUAUCUGCGGGACAAAGUUUCUCAAAAGCAUUCCAAGGAGCAGUUUGAAAGUGCGCAAAAGAUAGAGCAAGAGUACAGCAAGUUUUUCACAGGUAUUGUCCAAGGCGGCACCCUCCAAUAUAUUUGCACUCAGAUCAUCACUAUAGUUGAUCAAGAACAAAGUAAGGUCCUGUGGACUCCACUUGGCUGCCCCUAGAGGAAACCGGCUGUCACUACAGUGAGCUCUGGCUCUCACCUCCAUUCCCCAAACACUAAAUGACUCCUUCACACUACACCGAUAGGUACACUACAUUGAGCUAGUUGUGUAAAUUAUUGCUAUAUGUUUUUUAAUUUUGUCAUUGUUCUGAUUGCAAUCAGUUUCCUUUAUAUGCCAUGUACUCUGGAGCAGGUUGGUAG